GCGCCGUACGGGAAGCUGCCGUUGCUAGGGGCUGUGCUGCGGGAAGCGGUGGCGCUUGCAGCUCCCGCUCCGUCGGGCCGGGCGAUGGCGUCUUUGGGCCUGAGCGAGCGGGAGCAGGCCGGGUGUCGCCAGCUGCUGGAGUUUCUGGAGACCGAGGAGCUGAUGGCGCUGACGGACACCGUCACGAAUCGCCUGGUGCACCCGGAGAACCGCCAAGAAGCCAUUCAUGCCAUUUUGGUUUACAGCCAGAGUGUAGAAGAACUUCUGAAACGCAGAAAAGUCUAUCGAGAAAUAAUUUUUAAGUAUUUGGCAGCACAAGGAAUUCCAGUGCCUCCUUCCUCUGAGAAACAACUACUUAUUGAUCGUGUAAAACAGUACUGGAGCGGGCAGCUCACAACACAUGCCUUAGGGGAAAGAAAACAACACACGGAGAGUCAUGGAGAGAGUCAGAAGUCACCACAAGAUGCCAUUCAUGAUCUAGGAGAAGAAUUCUGCCAGUGGUUCUUUGAACUCCUGAAUUCGCAACAUCCCUUGGGAGUAAAAUCUGAAGAAAGGUGGGGACCACAGCAUUUUUGGGAGAAUGCUAAAAUGAAGUUCUCUUACAACACAUUAGAAAAAAACGUGGAAGAAUACGUUGGUGCAGAAAUGGUGAGCCUUCGUCUGCUCUCCUUGGUUAAAGAAGAAUAUCUUCUAUUCAACCCUAAUUUGCAUGCCAGUGGACUGAAAUGUGCCAUGUCUCGACAUGGGUUAGUACUGGUAGCAGUGGCUGGCACGGUACAUAGAGACAGCGCUUGUCUGGGCAUCUUUGAACAAAUUUUUGGACUCAUCAGCUGUCCUGUUCGGGAAAACACCUGGAAAAUAAAAGCUGUGAAUCUUAAAAUAGUUGGACAGAAUGCUCUGGAGCCUGGGAUGCAAAUUGAAAAACCCUCCCUAAAAUAUGAGUCAAACCAACUGCAAGAGUUCUAUGAUGGGAAAGAACUGACUGUGUUUGACCCUCAGAAAUUCUGAGCAGUUCUUUCACAACUGAGCGACUGGGUGAGGGGGGGAACAUACACCACUUGUAGUGCAUAGCUGAAUAUUGAAAUGGUUGCAGCCAUGUGAUGUCUCUCUUUUGAGUCGGGUUUGCUGGAUGACAAACUGAAAUAGAGAGUCUAAAGUAUUAAUCAAGGUGAUGCUUUUGAGCACCUUUCCAAGAGCUAACAAAUAUUUGACAGUAUUACUUCAGAUUUUGUACUGUAGUUAGGAACGGAGUUAGUUUGGUUAUUCUUGGUUACAAAACAUGGUUACAUUUAAAUAUAGGUUGGCAGCAGUAUAUAAUGAGCUAGAUGACUUGAGGUUCACAAACUGCAGGUUACUUCUCUUCAGGUCACCAGUUUAGACUCUUCUCUGAGUUGUAACAGGAAGUCACCGGUUCUGGCUUUUUGAAAUUGGGAUUGGUGAGUAUCUAAAUGGACAUCUAAGUCACAAGAAAACUAUCUGCCACUUCAAGAGUUUUUGGAGAGAAGAGACAAAAUAAUGUGAAUGGAGACUGCUGCCAUUUAUACUCUAAAUUACAUUCUGUCACUGAACAAUAGUAGUAGUUUAACGGGACAAUGCAGGGAACUUAGCAUCGUGUAAGUCUCUCUCUCUUUGGGUUAAUAGCUUCCUUUCCUUUUACCUUUACCUUAUGGUUCCAACUUUGUAAUGAAUACAGACAAACUUUCUGUUGUUCUGUGUCCCCAGGCAGACAAAUUUGAGAUGGUUGCCCGGGCAUCCAUUUCUAGCACUGACCCUUUGAUCGAGUGGUUGAUUUCAUGACUUACAGCAGCGCUGUAUGAACCAAAUGCUUUGAUAAUUAUUUUGUAUAUACUUACAACAGAGUUUUUAAUAUAAAAGUUGUGAUUUUUGUAUGUUUUCUCAAAAUAAGAAUUUUGUUUACUCUGAGCUGCUUUAUUAUGUUGACUAGAAGUCAGUUUGUUAACACUGGGCAGUUAAAAUGACAAAUGAUAUUAAAUAAAUAAUUUAAUUACUACUUAACUGAAAUUAUUGCCACUGUAGAACUUGAUUCUUUUUUUUUACU